CAGCGACAAACCACCACACAGUUCGCGACAAGAACAACAUGCGCGAAGCUAUUACCGUCAAACUCAGUAUCGCCAAUUCGAAUAGUAUUAUUUCCCGCGCCGUUGUGCCAACAGAGAUCACCGCCACCACAGCCCGUCAACCAGUGACAGCCGUCUCGUCAGGCUCUGAUCGCAUCCCCUUUUCCCACGUCCCUAUCUCGUAGCAGUCAAGUCACCACUCGCCAGCCAGACGCCACGUCCAACUCACACCGGUUUCUCACCCAGUGUGUCAUCGCUACUCGCCUCAAUUGCACCCCAGGUCGUCGCCCAACAUUUGUCCCGCCAGUUCGCACACGCUUCAGUUGUUUCGCAGAGGAAGGCACCACGCAGCGGCCCCUUGCUUCUACAUUACCUUUACAUACCUCUUCGUUUGAACAGAAAACAAAGUCCGAGCGCGACUACAUUGUGCGCUGCCUACUUGUGAUGCAACGAGAACAGCAACAAGACCAGCCGGGACCCCUCCCAAAGGCAACUCCCGGACGACGCCGCAACAACCGCCAUGCCGGCAACGCUGUCGCUCGCAGAACAUAUGCUUCGGAAAACGACAUGCCGUCUGAAGGCUCCUAUCCGAUUAACUUUGGCCCUGCCGCCCCGUUCACGCCGCACAAGUCGGGCACCAAGUCGGGGACAAACAGCCCGGCUCCGGAACCUCAGGCAAACGGCUCUAGGCCCAAACCCCGUUCAACCAAAUCCUCAAGGUCCAGCAAGCAGGCGUCCACAACCUCCCCGGCAUCGACACCGGGCCCAUCCAAGAACUACCGGACCAGUCCUCCGCAAACAGCGGCUCUGCCCAAGUCGGUCUUCCCCCCUGCCUUUGCCGGUGGUUCCUUCCACGCCUCCCCGGAUCCGUCGGCGCUUCCGAUCCCUAGCUUUCUUGCCAAGUCGAUGGACUCUCCCAGCGUCAAGGAUACCGGCCGAGCCAACUCGGAGCCUUCGCCUCCAGCCACCGACUCGGAAGCACCCACACCUCGAACCCGUCUCCCCGUCAGUGACAAUUCCCGAGAGGAAUCUCCACUCGACUUCUUCUUCCGCGCCGACCGAGCCGAGAAGGCGAGAGCUCGGAGCGGUAGUUCAGCCAACAUGUACGCUCAUAGCCCGAGCUUGUUCUCGCCCCAAGGACAAGGCCUAUCACCUCAGGAACCCCGGACUCUCCCUACUGGCACGAGCCUACAUGGAGCCCGGUUACACCAUUCGGAGCCAGCCCAGCCGAAUUACUCGAUGGGCUUCUCUACCACUGAAGUAGGCGGAAACCCAUGUCGCUCUAUGGGGCCAGCUUUUUCGAGACCCUACCAGGAUCGCAUUCGUGAUGCAAGGUCGAGCGAGGAGCACACUGGCGUUGCCUCGAGCGUUCCUCGGCAACAUCAGCAGCAACAGCAGCAGGAACCUAAUAUGGACCCUAGUGAGAAGCUCAAGAGAUUCCUUGCAAUCCCGGCGAUUCGAGAUAGUCAACCGGCAAAUCAAUCACCGAGCCAUCCGGCGAGCCAGCACACGUUCCCAGGCCAGUUCCGUGGCGGUGAGCUUCAUGGCAGGCAACCACCACCACCUGCUCCAUUUCCUCAGGCAGUCGAUCAACAGCGGUCCGCAGACAUUCAACACAUGGAGGAUAGCCUUCGUCGGAUGCUGAAGCUCGAUUCUCCGGUGAAUAUAAGGGCAUCGGCAACAAACUAUCAAAGCUCUUGAUUCAGGCGUACCAUCUAUUGUCCAUACCGCCGGAAGGUUUACCUUGUUGUCACAUGAGUGUCGACAUCUAGCAUUUUCUUUAAUCGUUGCACAUUUCCUUUCAUAUCCGUCAUCUUAAUAUCAGGCGUUGGAUGGUGACGGUACGAUUCCCGGACUUUGCAGAUUUUACAUGCAUGCGUCAGCGAUGGAUCCGGUGGAUUUGUGUUUGGCAUUGGGUCUGUCCGAUUUGUCGAAUCACUGGCGUUUUGGAAGGUAUGGUGUACCGACCAUGAUUUCCGGGUCUAUGCCGUCAUAGGAUAGACCGGCUCUUGUAUCUUUUUUCUUUCUCAUUUCUUAUGCUGGCUAGCAUAUCAGCCUAUGUUUCGGGCUCAUUGUUAUCUGUGUUGCUUCUUUUGUCUUUUUUAUUUUGG